UUCCAUUCUUACAUCCAUUAAAUGUCCACCAAUCAUAUAGUAAAAAAACGAAAAUAAUAAAAAUUUUGGUUCAUGAUAUGUCUCAACUAGGAAUAUAAUUUGGAUAAUUUAAUUUGACUUGUUUGUAUGUAAGUAUACAAUUUCUGAGUAAUUUUUAAGUAGCCGUGUAUAAUACUAGACACUCUGCCCGAGUAUAAAAGUUCUUCUCUGGUUUCUUCUUUCCAAACUCGCCUCCCGUAAUUCCUCCCGCGAAUCCCUCUCUCUCUAACAAAAAAUAAAAUCCCUGUCAUUCUCGUAUCAUUUUCUUCCCAAAUGGAAAGGGCUUUUUUCUAGGGUUUCCAAAUUGCUGAAAUUCUUCCUUCUUUUUUUUUUUUUUUCUUGAAAUGUCUCCUUAUCAACAAAUGCCACUGCGUUCUCUUUCAGAGACUACCUGUGGCUCUCUUCUUCAAGAACUGCAGAAAAUAUGGGAUGAAAUUGGGGAAAAUGACAACGAAAGGGACAAGAUGCUGCUGCAACUUGAGCAAGAAUGCCUUGAUGUGUACAGAAGGAAGGUUCAGAACGCUAGCAGGUACAAGGCUGAGUUGCAUCGGGCACUGGCUGAUGCAGAAGCUGAAGCUGCCCAGCUUGUCUCUGCCCUUGGAGAACGUGCCUUGUCUGUCUGGUCAGAGAAGGUGAAGGGCACACUUAAGGAGCAGGUAUCUACGAUAAAACCUGUGUUGGAUGACUUGAGGCGGAUGAAAGAAGAACGUGUCAAGGAAUUUUCAGAUAUUCAGUCACAGAUUGUCCAGAUAUGUGCGGAAAUAGCAGGUGAUUUCCAACGCAGCAAUGCUGCCGCUCCUCAAGUAGAUGAGAGGGACUUGACAGUGAAGAAGCUUGGAGAGCUAAAAUUGCACUUGCAGGAGCUUCAAAGAGAAAAGAGGCUUCGGUUGCAGAAGGUUGAUGGCCAUGUUAGUUCUAUACAUGAGCUAUCAGUCGUGAUGUUUACCGACUUUUAUAAUGUAAUGAGUGAAGUUCACCCAACCUUGGUUGAUUCUGCAAAUAGGCAGUCAAAGAGCAUUAGCAAUGACACCCUUGCCAGGUUGGCCGGAACAGCUCAUUCACUAAAGCAAGAGAAACAGCAAAGACUACAGAAGCUUCAAGAUCUAGGUAGUACGCUCAUGGAGUUGUGGAAUCUCAUGGACAUUCCAGUGGAUGAGCAAAAAAGAUUUGAUCAUGUAACUCGCUUAAUUUCUGCUAAUGUUGAUGAGGUGUCAGGGAAAGGACUCCUUGCUGUGGAUGUCAUUGAGCAGACUGAAUCUGAAAUCCAGAAGUUGAAUACUCUGAAAGCUAGUAAGAUGAAGGAGCUGGUUUUCAAGAAGCAACAAGAGCUUGAAGAAAUCUAUAGGGGGGUUCAUAUGGAUGUCGAUAGUGAGGCUGCAAGGCAGAUUCUCCUCAGUCUUAUAAAUUCUGGGAAUGUAGAUAUUUCUGAGCUGCUUACUGGCAUGGAUGAUCAGAUUAGAAAAGCUAAAGAGCAAGCUCUUAGCAGAAAGGACAUUUUGGACAAGGUGGAGAAAUGGACAUUUGCUUCUGAGGAAGAGAACUGGCUGGAUGACUAUGAAAGGGACCAAAACCGCUAUAGUGCUGGUAGAGGAGCACACAAAAACCUGAAGCGUGCAGAGAAAGCAAGGAUACUGGUCAGCAAAAUACAAUCUCUUGUAGAGAAUCUGACUGCAAAAGUCAAAGCAUGGGAAGAAGAGAACGGCAUGCCAUUCUUAUAUCACAAGCUGCGUUUGCUAGAGACCUUGGAAGAAUACACCAUACUCCGACAAGAUAGAGAAGAGGAGAAACGGAGAUCUCGGGAGCAGAAACGGCUGCAAGGGCAGCAUGCUACCGCGCAAGAGGCAAUGUUUGGUUCAAGGCCGACCGCAUUGAGGCCUUUGACAAUGAAGAAAUCGUCAAGCAAUAAUGUGAAUACAGCAGGGGGAACUCCCACAAGCCGGAGUGUCACAACGCCUUCGUCCCGACAUGGAAUUUCUGGUGGCAAGGACCAGAAGGAUGGCAGCAAGGUUGGUGCAGUAAUACCUGUGAACUAUGUAGCUCUUGCUAAGGAUGAUCAUGCCUCUUGCAACAGUUCAGCCAUUGUAUUUCCUUAAAGGGUAUCUCUUUUCUGUUUCUUAUUUCCUGUUUUCAUAGUAUUGAUUUACAAAGAUUAGGCAGUGAUCACAGUUAGAGUUAUGACUAACAAGGAAAGACCCUUAUAAAUUUUAUUAUUAUUUUUUUCUUUUGUAGCAUUUAUCCUUCUUAAA